AUGGCUGCCUUUGCGGGUAUGUGCGACGGUGGUUCCGCCGAAGACGGCUGUCUGGCUGCCUCACGAGACGACACUACGAUUAACGCUCUUCAAUUGCUUCACGAAAGCCACUACGAUACCGGUAAAGCGCUGAACGCUCUCGUCAAAAGUCCCGUUCCCAAGGGAAUUGAGAAGAAGUGGACCGAGGAGGAACAGAAACGAUUCGUCAAGGGCCUUCGACUUUACGGCAAAAACUUUUUCAAAAUUCGCAAAGAACUUCUCUCACAUAAGGAAACUCCUGACCUAGUAGAGUACUACUACCUGUGGAAGAGGACCCCUCAGGCGGCCUCUGCCCGACCUCACCGCCGACACCGUCGCUGCGUCCUGCGACGCAUUCGCAAGGACUCGGCGAACAACGGCGGCACAGCAGCUGCAGCUGGUGCCAACACAGCAACGGGCGGCGGCAAGACGAACCAGGAGGAAUCGGACAGCUCCGAUCGGGAGCUGCUCUCUAUCGUCGACCAGCAAAGCGGCGGAGGAGGCGGCGGAUCAGCACUGCUCGAGGGAGCAAACGCUGCCGGCGGAGGCGGCGGCGGUGCACUUCACCACACCGACGACUCGGACUCGAAUGCGAACAAGGACCGAGGAUCAACAGCAACAGGAGCAGCAUCAGCAGAUCAACGAGACAACAGCAGCGGCAUCGGCGGCGGCGGCUCAGCCAACCUCGACCCCAGCAACUGCCUGGCCUGCAGCAACUGCGGCGUCCUCGCGAAGGAGCUCUGCCAGACGGGCACCGACCGGUCGCUGCUCUGCGCCGAGUGUCGCAGCUACAUGAAGAAGCACGGCAAGCACCGACGGGUGGACGGAGGAGGAGGAGGAGGAGGGCCGGAGAAGGAGGCUACCGCUGCUGGAGGCGCCUCCUCAGCAGCGUCCACACCGACCAAAGGAGGAACAGCAGGAGGACCGGCUGGUGAGGACGACUCCGGCAGCAGCAGCCUGAGCAAUGGCAAGCCCAAUCUGCGAACGCGCAAGAGCAAGGGCGCCGAAAAGGGAAGUGGAGGCAGCAGCUCCUCAAAGCAGCUCAACCGCGGCAACUCAAAGUCCUCGGAGACGAGCGAUGAACCGCAACCACAACAACAACAACAGGCGACAGCAGCAGCACUGCAGCUGGAAGGCAACUCCAAUGGCUCAACUGCUGAAGCGAAGUCCUCUGCGAACGGCAAAGCCGACGAGAUCUCAGCAGCAGCAGCAGCUUCCGGUGAUCUCAGCAAGGCGGCCCUUCCCAAGAAGCGGCACUUCUCCAAUCUGGACGCUAAAGAAGGUACUGACCCCACUUCAGAGACGGGCGCCGACGGUGCAGCCGCCAAUGAUGGCGGCAGCUCGGCAGCGGAAGGACCCGCCGCCACCACCUCGGAGGCGAAGCGAAAGAAGCUCAACAACGACGACAAGGAGGAGGACAGGGCCUCACUUGUGCCGCUUCUUGUGGCCAAGGAUGGGGCACAGGCCGUCGCCGGUGAUGGCCACGACCAGGCCAUCAAGGAGGGAGGAAGCGCUGAGACAAAGGCCGAGGUGAAGAGCGAGGGCGCCGAAACAGCAACGGCCGCCGAUGAGGUGAAGCCCAAGUUGGAGGCACUUCAGCAGGAGGGCAUCAAGAAGGAGGAGGAGGCCAUGGAGACGUCCUCCGAUGAGAAGCAGCCGCCCUCUGCACUGGAAAAGGCCGAAGACGGCACCAUAACCACUCCUGCCGCCGUUUCUGCUGCUGACCAGGCCGAGACGUCCACUCCAGCCAACGAAAAGUCUGAAGGCUCUGGAGAGGGAAAGCUCACUGCGGAAGAGCAGCAGCAGCAGCAGCAGCAGCGACAGCUGCUGGAGAAGAUGGACGCGGAGAGCAACAGCAGCGACUCGACCACCUCCAAGGUGGUCGACUCGUUGCUGGUGAAGCUGGAGGAGGGGUCCGCCGAUGGGCCCGUCGCCACAGGCAAAAUGGGUGGCGACUCGGAGAACCAGCAGGAACAGGAGCAGCAGCAGCUGCUGGCGAACAUGAAG